UAGGUUGCAUUGUGGGUAAACGCACCAUAUUUUCACGGGUGAAUGUAUUAUCUCGAAAGUGUAAGCAGUUCGAGUGAGUGUGAUGUUUACAAAACGGUAUAAUUGCUUACUUAUUUAUUGACUGAUUGGGUCAGCUCAAAGCAUUGUACAAGGACGCCAUGGACUUACGAGGAAAUGUGGCCAUUAGAACCUGUGGUCAUCUCACCCGUUUUAGUUUUGAUGUCCAUACUUUGACCUCGUAAUAUCAUUUUAGGCCCAGGUGCUACGGUUAAUUUGUCGCCAAUUAAAUUUGAUCUGAUACCAACUUCACCACCUGCUAUUACACGGUGUGCGAGCUUUUGGAUUACCACCUAUCAUCUUCAACAUGGAUCGGAAAGCGAUGAACGGAUGAGCGUGUGAUGAGGACGGCUAAGAUGUCCCGUGAUGGACAGGGUGGCUAGCAGUGGUGGGUGGCAGUGGAUGCUGGCAUGGGCCGUAGUGUCGCCCCAUGGCGGCUGACGGCCACCACCCCCAGGUGAUUGCCCUCCCACGUGGCCCCCGCUACGAGGUGGCAUCGGACCUCCCACCGCUCGGGACAAAGCUGGCCCCACACCAGUGGCCGCCACCCCUUGCACCCUUUUUACCUCAACACAGCAACCACGAUGUGGGGGAGCUACGCCCUGCAUCUCCGGCGGUUGCGUGGGGCCAGCAGGCACCUUACCAGGUCAAUCCCGUCACAGUUCCUCUCGGCUGGCGUCGUUGCAUUCUGCAAGGACAGGUGGUCUACUUCAGCCCAAGUAACCACCAACUGUGGAGCCUGCGUGAGGUGGGCGCCUACCUGCAGACAGAAGGGGUGUGCAAGUGUGGCCUCGACUGUCCCCUGUCCCUGGAACAGUGCUUCAACUUUGACCCAGCGACCCCUUCUCGGCCCCAGAGUGUCGAGCAGCUUACUGGCAAUGCACCCUACCAGAGGAAGUGCAAACCCCUGUUCCCUCCAAAUGUCAGCAAGGAGGGAUGCAACGCAGCAGUCUCCAUGGCGAUGACCACCGCCACCACGGUGACCACUGCCGUGCUGUCAUCUAGCGCAGUUGUUUCGACUACGGUCACAUCUGCCGCAGCUGUCUCCACCAAGCCUGCUAAGAAAGAACCAACUCGCAAGCGCAACUCAAGAGCGAAGCAAAGAGGGCCUUUUGACGGUGUCCUUGUCUCGCAGCUGUUAGCACAACGAGACCAAUUGGGAUUGCGUAAGCAGACGACAGGAGCGCUGACAUCUCUCGCAGCGUCUAAUGCGCUUACCAACACCACUUCAUCUUGGGGGCAGUCAUCGUCGCAACAAAUGUACUAUAAUAACUCAAACCACCUAGCAGCCCUUUCGAGUGGAAACAAAGAUGCAGUGAGCAAUAGUUCACUCCGUAAUGGGUAUUCGCAACUUUGCCCUUGCACGUCCAGCAACACACCUGCUCACUGCAUGACGAACCUGCAGACAUCAGCAGUUCAGCAGCACCACAAUCAACAAAGGACACCAUCCCCGAGUUUGGCAAGGCCUAGGUUACAGCGUAGACCUCCUAGGACGAGAAUGCCCAAGCUCAGCACGAUCAUAUCGAGCAGGUCUGUCGGAUCCAGCAUAAAUGUGCAACAGCAGGAUGCAACAUGCUCGUGCAACGUGAGUGAACAGACUUACGAUGUACUUCGCCCUGGAUUAGUUGGUGGAUAUCGUCCCAAUACAAACAGCGGACCACCGAGGACUAGUGCGUCUGUUUGUGUGGUCUCAGAUGUGAACGCGAUGCGCACGACGUGUAAUGUGCAGAGUCAACAACACUCCAUGAUGUCGAGAGAAAAGGGAGACGCUGAAUGUGAUCAGGUGUCUGGGUUAGGGGCUCCCUUGUCUCUGCGCACAGACAUGACGAAUCCCAUCGCUCCAGCAGGGAGUGUGAUGGUGCAACAGUUGUACAGUCAAAAGGUGGACAGUUACUCAGGACGCACACAGAUCAUGCAGCAAGUGAGUGGCAUGAUGCUUCCAGCGCAGCAAGCUUUUGCAGGACAGCAGCAUGAGCUGCAGUUGCAGCCGUCCGUAUUUCAAAGCAGAGCAGUUCAGCAGCCACCACAGGUGAUACACAACGGUGGCUCACAACUGGUCAUCCUCAACUCGCAACAGCAGCUAGCAUCUCCUCAGCCUACUGUGGAUGCCCUCGGUGCACAGACGAGCUUCGGCACGUUGCUGUCGCCAGAAAUUCGACAGAAGUCUGAUGGUGCCACAAAGGAGGCUGAGUGCCCACGUUCGGUGGCCGUGGCCCCAAUGAUGACACAACAGGUGUUGCUCGGGGGAGGAGUUGUUCCGAACGUUGUUGUGUCCACGGCAUCGGCGAUAGUUCCCCAGAUGGGAUUGGGAGCCCAGAUCCUGAACCAGCAGCCUGUAGUGCAGCUGGUGCAGCAUCCCAUGGCUCUACAGAACACACUGCUGCUUCAGCCUCCAACAACUCUGAGGCUGGACACACUCCAGGCAGCGUUUGGGACCACUGCAGGAGUGUUGGGCACUACAGGCACCUUUCUUUCACCUUCAUCUUUGAUUGGGUCAGAGACUGGAGCAACUCAAACAGUACUAGGGGUGCAGGGUUACAUGGAUGGAACACAGGAGGACCAGCGACCCAUGGUUGUGCAGGGAAGCAUGGCAUUUGACUCCACGGGUGCUGCAAUGCAGACAGGCUGCGAAGGACACCAAACGCAAGCAUAUUUUUCAACGGAGAGCCCAUGCACGUCAUGCGGACCAUCUGUGCAUGGUAGCCCGACCAACCCCCUGAAUGUUGUUAGCCUGGCACCUACCAUGAUGCAGGGCACUGUGGUGCCAACAGUGACUGUGUUCCCUGGAGGACAGGCUGUGAUGCAACCUUUGGGAACUGCCAGCUAUGGUGCCCUGUCCAGCCCACAGCUACUCAUGGGGAUGGUGCAGCCCCUUGGGGUGCUUGGAGUUGGGCCACAGGGGGCCCUGCUGCAGAACAUCCCUGUCAUGGCCACCACCUCACCCCCACAGCCACCACCAGUGACUCUCUUCCAAGACUCUGCUCCAGUUGCUGAUCAGGAAACUUUUGCUUCAAAUCCCUAUCCUCAACAGUGCCUCGUUGCCACACAGCAGUCGUUCCCUUCGGAGAAGCCCUUUCACGAGUCGAGCAUCAUCGAAGCAGAAAGGGCUCCACCCGAGGGCACCAGGAAGGACCCCUCACCCGGUGACAUCAGUGAAGAGGGGUGCCUCUGUACGCACAACACACACACACAAGCACUGAACAUCGGUGUUAGCUCGGGCAGCCCUUCCGUGACGUCAACUGAGGCACUUCAGUCGAGGUUCUCAGCCAGCGACACCUUUGUGGCUGGAAUGGAACAAGAGGGUCAAAUCUCUUCAAGCACUACGGACGAUUCGAGGCCCCCAGAGGGACACGUCACAAGCGGAGAUUCUGGCGUGGAGUCCAGUCAGGAGCCGAGCAACUCUUGUGGGCAGGGCCUGGAAGUGGAGCAGCAGGUGGUGGAGGAGAAAGAGGGAGGGAUUGAGGAGGUAAUGAAGCAGAAAACCAAGCGAGAAACAAAGAGGCGGAGGAGGGAACUGCUCUUUCUCACUCAGGGGGAUGGCAGGGACGACUCUGAAGAAGAAGAGCCCGAGUCCCCGCCACUGCCCCCUCAGCCCAGAACGUUUGACAUUGGUGAUGUAGUGUGGGGACAGAUAAAGGGCUUUCCCUCCUGGCCUGGGAAAUUAGUUCGUGCUGACCAGGUCAGGGGGCAUCACAUGGCUCAGGAUGGAAAGUUGUGGGUCCAGUGGUUUGGAGACCAUACCUUCACGCAAGUCGAACCCGAAAACCUGAAGACGCUCUCCGAAGGCCUCGAGGCACACCACAGAGCCAGAAAGAAAUAUAGAAGGGGCCGAAGGCUGAAUGGCAAUCUGGAGAAUGCUAUCCAGGAAGCAAUGAUGGACCUGGAUCGGCAGUCCGGCAUGGUGUAGCCAUAACGCUUUGUUCGGCCCCCUCUAUCCGUGUACCAUUCACUGGCUCAUAUUAUUGUUGUUUGCCCCCUGGACCCUGAUGUAGGCUUCUGUAAUAUAGGAGAAGACUGAGAAAGUUUUUAUAUUACACAGGGCUAUAGUAUGAUAUAUAUAAGAAUGCGUUGCUGUUGACGUUUGCCGUUUUAUUUGUUCGUCGCGAAUGGGGGAAGGUCACCGUUGCGAGAGUGUACAGUUGGAAGUCUGUGAAAGAGUCCGGCCGUCAAGGUUGCCGAAGAGACUGCCCGGUUGUUAUUGAGCCCCUUUUGGCACUUCUGCAUUUUUAUUUUCAUUUUUUUUUUUUCAUGCGCUUCGAUAUUUUUUACAUAUCGAGAGUUUGCUUUCAUCGACGUGAAUCCUUGGCAGCACGGCUCCUCACUUUUUUUAAACUUGUCGUUUGGUUUUGAGCUGCACUAGCACAAUCCUUAUAUAGCAGGAUAGAGAAUAGAAGAGAAUUAUGGACUUGAGUGGGAUUGUACCUGUUUAUGAUGUUUAUAUUGAAAUUGAGCUAUAGCAUAGUCACGAUGGAUGCAGUUGUACACUUCACGUCAGCGUGCUCCGAAGAUUGAAAGAGUGAUUUUGUGUUCUCCUUUGGUGUGAGGAUGUGCGCUUUAUUUCCUUUACUUUUUAUUAACAUUCAAUCAUGACUGAGCUAAAAUUUGCACCAUCCGGUGAAUUGUGACAACAUACAAGGCAAAGAGUAAUGAAAAUUUUAUUGUGGACAGUGCAUACUACUGUGUUGUCCAUUCGUUGCUUUCAUAAAUUCUAGUACACAGGUUUUUUUUUUCUUUUUUUCUGCCAUAUUUUAGUACCAGGUAUGGAAGGGCAUACGAAAAAGUAGAACCAAUGGCAGUUUUUGCAUCAUUAUAAGCAUUGAUUGGCAGUGUGAAAACUGUCAAUCAAUGCUUAAUGAUGCAAGACUGCCAUUGAUCUUACUUUUUCAUACACCCUUCCAUACCUUGUACUAAAAUAUUAUAGGAAAAUGUGCAGACCUGUGUGUUUUUGUAUUUCGUGCUCCUGUAUUGGUGGCUAAAUUUGCACACUGGCAAGUUCACUUUUGGGUUUUACCCGAAGUGGCGAUGAUGCCAAUUGGGAGCUGAGGACAGACUUUACCUAGCUUAAUCCUAAAACACAAUGCUCUAAAAAAUAUUGACAGAAUGGUGUAAAUGCAGGCUAGCCCAUGAUGCCCAUCGCUCAGGCUUGCCUAUCAUGGAAUCUAAAAAAUAUGUCAGUUUGUCACACCUUAAUUUCCUGCAUUGUGCAAUGUAGUACUAUACCGCGUUCAAUUUAACGGUUUUCAGUUAUUUGAAGACAUUUUUAAUCAGCACAGCAGAUCUAAAGUGAUUUUGCAACUGCAUCCUCGUGUAUGGAACAAAGUACAACGAGCAACACAAUGUGCUGUUAUUGAUAGAAUUUAAUUUCACAAGUCACAUUAGUGCGCACAUUUAUUGCGACAUGAAGGAGGCCAUGUCGUACAGAAUUAUAGAACACAGGGUCAGACGACGAUUAUAAAAGGAGUGACUGGCGCUACACGAGAGCCUUUUAUAUUUAUUUUAUGAGUUUUUGUCGUACCCAGAGUUAUGUACAUACAUAAAUGGCUGCACAUAUUUGAAACAAUCCAAGAGGCAAUGUGUACGUGCCACACACGGUGACUUCGUGUUGUAGACGUAUUGUAUAAGAGAAACUCAGCCUGGAUGUGCACCGAGAUAAUUAUUUUUCUUUAUCUUUAAGUGUGGAAUGUUUUGUCUUGAGUCGUCUUGGAGGUGCCGCAAAAUAUGGCUUUCCCCAGAAUCAAAAAGUUCCCCAAGAGGAGCUUAAAAGUAUGCAAGACUGAAGGUUAGGUAGGCACAUUUGCUGUGCGUAUUUGAACGUGUUACGCUUGAUCCAAUUCUGUUUCUCUGAAGAAUCUUGUGCUUCAAUUUUGCAAGAUUUUGGUCUAAAUUGGCUAGUUUGAAAUAAAUGUUACUUGUUUAAGAAA